AUGCUAUGGUUUGAAGCCAUAUACAUGUUAGUCUACUGUAUACCUUUAUAUCUGAUGUGUAUUCGUAUGUUGUACAUUUUAUGGAGGCGACGAAAACAUUUCCAAUCUCCAUUUUAUAAAAUCGUACUAGUUUCUGGAGUAUUUGUAAGUUUAUAGACCUACUUUUUUAUAAAUGUAUAAAAAUUGAAGCCUAUUUUACAAUUAUUUUUGCAAGUUUCGCCAUUUUUUUUAAACUUAACACAUUUUGUUUAAUACGUAGCAUCAAAAGACGUAUUUUACAAGUUUAUUGUAAUUGAAAAAAGGCAGUAAAAAAUAUAGUUACUAUUAUUGACCAGUUUUUGAAAAAAAAUGAAGCUUUCUUUGCCAGGAUUCGAACCAGCCUGGUUUUGCGUUAUAGGAAAACGCUUAACCCACUGCGCUAUAGCGGUACAUCAGUCAAAAAUGAUGGUUUAUGCAAAUUUUUUGGCAAAAUAAAUAUUAAAAAUGGAUUCAAUUCUGACCGUAUUUUACACAUAAAAACUUACUUUAUACUUCAUAGUAACUAAUAUACACACACUUAUAUACUAAACACAGCAUGUAUAAUAAAACAUUGCAUUAUAACAACAUUUCAGGACUGCAUAGGAAUAACCCUACACCACUUUACGAAUAGACUAGCUAAUACCGAGUUUUUUAUUGAAUACAUACUGCCAUAUGUGUUUGGAUACCAUUACUGGCUAAUACCGGUAAAUUAUAUGGCUUAUCACUGUUUACAUUCCGCUUUGUUAUCUUCUUUUCUAAUGGCAUUCAAUCGACUGACUAGUUUUUUGCCUUUUUAUUAUGAUAAGGUAUGUUUUCUUACCUUAUUUAGUUAAUUUUUGUUCGUUUUGCGGGUUUUCAGGUUUUCGUGGUGGGACCUAAAUUUAAGGACCAAAUUAAAAAAAAAUUUUUUAGAUGAUUUGCAAUGCUUAUAAGUUAUUUCUGUACCAUUAUUAACUUUGUUUUUUUGUUGCGACGCAGUUUCAGGUUUUCGUGGUGGGACCCAAAUUUAUAUGCCAUUUUUUGAAAAUAAGAAAAAAUCAGUUUUAGAUGAUUUCCCAAUGCUUAUAAAUUACUUUUCAAGCAUUGUAUACGUUUAUUUUUUGUUUUAAGAUCAUCUCAGGUUUUCGUGGCGGGACCAAACUAGAAGCGUCGUAUUUUAAAAAAUAGUAUUAAAAUCCGCAAUUUUAUUGGAAGCAAUUGUAAACCAGGCUAUUGUAAACAUUUUUGCAAACUUAUAUAUAACUACCAUUUCACAUUUUACCACAGUAACAAAUUUGGCAACAUAUACCAAAAACCCGAUUAUUAAUGCAGUUACCAUAACAUGUUUAUUUUGCACGUUUAGAUAUGGCAAUACCAAAAACUGAUUAUGUAUGCGUGUUUUGGUGUUUUGCCGUUUUGCCUCGUAUUUUAUAUGCUACUGAAUCCAGCUGGCUUCACGCACGAUGAUACACAACUGUGGUUUAGCUACGUUGGCUUUGAUUACGAGAAGGAUAUGACGUUUGGGGUCGGUUAAUAGACGUUUUUUUUUAAUUUCAAUUUAAAAGAGAAACAUUUUUUAAUUGAAAAUUGAUUUUUAAAAUUGGUUUAGAUAUAAGAGGCAUUUUAUACGAUGAAAAGUGUCUGCUAAGCUUAAGCUAAAAAACAUGUUUGAUCGUAUAACAUGUCUCAUGAGUAACAAAACUGCAAAAAACGUUUUUUAAAUGACAUUUUAGACCAGUUAGCUCACCUUUUUUAAAUUUUUUUUUAUUUUACAGAUAGUAGACAGCGUAGUAACCUUCUACUACUACCUCAUCAUAUCAGUAACCACCUUUGGUCUCAACUUAUGUAAUGUAGCAAUGUUGAUACGGCUGCGACAAAAAGAACUGACAAAAAUGAAUCGAGAAAGACCGUUGACCUACUCGGCGAUAGUAAUAUUCGUUGUUCAGUUGGCAGUUAUGGCCGCUUAUGUGAGUUUUUUUCUUUACAAAACAGAAAAUGGCAAGAACUUUCUUUACAAAACAAAAAAAGGCAAGAACUUCCUUUGCAAAACAGAAAAUGGCAAUAACUUUCUUUACAAAACAAAAAAUGACAAGAACUUUCUUUCCAACGAUCUAAAAUACGUACUUUUAGUUUAUGUUCACCAUCAACUUCCUAAAUGUCUAUGUAUGGCUUCGAUUUGUGUUAUCACCAGUAACAGAGACCUUAUACUUGACUCCAUCACUUAUUGUAGUAGUUUAUGUUCCUUCGCUGCGAAAAGAAGUCUUCCGCCGAUCAUCCGAGGUCAGCAGUACCAUUGCACCAAAAACCGUAACUUUGGUCACGUCCCGAUCGGUUCGGGCUUUUUAA